AACUAGUCUGAAGGUGUACUCCCUCAAGAAAGAUCUUAACUUUAGUAAAGCAAGUAGCUGUCCCUCUGACUGGAUGGAACUGGAGUCAUCUUGCUACCACUUCAGUAAGAAACAAACAACAUGGCAUGAAGCUAGAAGAAUUUGUCAACAGAAAGGAGCAGAUCUUGUUGUUCCCAAGAAUAGUGUUGAAAAUGAAGCCAUUUUUAUGGCUGUCACCAAAAAGAGGCUCUAUCACCCAUAUAUUGGUUUGUUUCGCAAUAAAAGUGAUAAUAAAUUUUACCCUGUUCAAAAUGUCAAAUCUAAUUUCACAAAUUGGCCUGAUAAUCGACCCGACGACUACCGCGGUGUAGAAGAUUGCGUACAUUAUUUUCCUCAAGCAGGCUGGUGGAGUGACAUUUCGUGUAAUAAUUCGUACCAUUUCAUUUGUCAAGGUGAACGAAAUAAAGUAAAGUUUAUUAAAGAAAGUAGCUGUCCCUCUGACUGGAUUAAACUGGAGUCCUCUUGCUACUACUUCAGUAAGAACCAAACAACAUGGCAUGAAGCUAGAAGAAAUUGUCAACAAAAAGGGGGAGAUCUUGCUGUUCCAAAAAAUAAUGCUGAAAAUAAGGCAAUUUUCAAAUUUUUGAAAAGAAACUGUCUCAACAAACCUUUUAUUGGUUUAUUUCGCAAUGAAAGUGAUGAGGAAUUUUACACUGUGCAAAAUAUUAAACCUAAAUUCGUCAAUUGGCUACCUUUGCAACCGGAUAACUUUCGUGGUGUAGAGGAUUGUGCACAUUAUGGGCAGAAUACGGACAAAUGGAAUGACAUUUCAUGCAAUAAAUAUUUCAAUUUUAUAUGUCAGGGUGAACAAAGUAAGAUAAAAUACCAACCUGUUAACAUAGAAAUGACUCUUGAAAGAGAAGAUCUUAAAACAACAUUGAGCUGCACUGCUGAAGGAAAUCCGCAACCAAAGUUUGAAAUAUUUCUAAAUGGUUCAAUAAGAGUUGUAAAUGGAUCAACACAUGUUAUAGAUAAAGUCACCUCAAGUAAUAUUGCUGUCUACACUUGCAAGGCAACAAAUGUAUUUGGUAGCAUUACAUCAACAAAAAUACAUCUUAAAGAAAUUCGUACCCCAACUCGAGACAACGUCCAUUGCAAUUGCAAAAAAGAGAUAUGCACUCAGUCCAAAUUAAGAAAAUGGCAUUUCAUUGUAGUGACUUUGAUAUCUGGAAUCAUCACUGCAAUUCUACUCUCUUAUAUAAUUUUUCUACGAUAUCGUGAAAGUUUCUUAAGAAAGCAACUUCAGCAAUUUCAGUCUUCUUUUGAAGCCAGAGUAAAUCCUGUUGAUACAAUGUAUCAGGAAUUGGAUUUAUCAAAAAUGAAUAACGAAGAUAAUUAUCAGUCGUUAAAAAAGAAUAAUGAGUUUGGAUACAAGGAUAUCGAGGACAAAAUAAAUUAUGUAAUCCCUCUAUAGUUUUGUAAAUCACAAUUUUACGCUUCGUACGUGUUUUUUUACUGUUUCUAAUACAUAUUUUAAGACUGAAUGGCAGCCUUUAACAGUUUAUUAGAAAAAUAUUUAAUAAAUAAUCAUUUAAAUUUAUGGUUUUUCAUUAUUCUGGACCGUUCAUUAAAAAGGAGCGAAGACAAGGUUUAAA